AUGUGGAAGCUAAGAAUUGGAGCCAAGGCUGGAGAUGAUCAUGCCCAUUUGUUCAGCACCAACAACUACGUUGGGAGGCAGAUCUGGGAGUUUGAUGCCACCUCGGGCUCUCCAGAAGAACUUGCGGAGGUCGAGAAGGUUCGACAGAAUUUCUCAGACAAGAAGUCACGUUUCAAGGCCAGUGCUGAUCUCAUUUGGCGUAUGCAGUUUCUUCGAGAGAAGAAGUUCGAGCAGAAGAUUCCGCCAGUGAGAGUAGAAAAUCCAGAGAAAAUAACGUAUGACGAUGCGAAGACAACAUUGACAAGAGGGUUACUAUAUUUCAUGGCCUUGCAGGCUGAUGAUGGACACUGGCCUGCUGAAAACUCCGGUUCCAUUUUCUUCAACGCCCCAUUUGUCAUAUGCUUGUAUAUCACAGGACAUCUUGAUAAUAUCUUCACUCCCGAGCAUCGCCUAGAGUUACUACGUUAUAUGUACAACCAUCAGAACGAAGAUGGUGGGUGGGGACUACACGUAGAAAGCCACAGUAAUAUGUUUUGCACAGUCAUCAACUACAUUUGCUUACGAAUUCUGGGAGUAGAAGCCGGUCAUGAUGAUCAAGAAAGUGCUUGUGCAAGGGCUCGUAAGUGGAUCCUCGACCACGGUGGUGCUACCUACACACCAUUGAUCGGAAAAGCGUGGCUCUCGGUUCUCGGAGUGUAUGAUUGGUCUGGCUGCAAACCAAUACCCCCUGAGUUCUGGUUCCUUCCUUCUUAUUUUCCUGUUAAUGGAGGAACUCUCUGGAUUUAUUUACGGGAUAUAUUCAUGGGGUUAUCAUAUUUGUACGGGAAAAAAUUUGUUGCUACCCCAACAACUCUCAUUCUCCAGCUCCAAGAAGAGUUGUACCCGGAGCCUUAUGCCAAAAUCAAUUGGGGACAAACGAGAAAUCGAUGUGCGAAGGAAGAUCUCUACUAUCCGCGAUCAUUUCUGCAAGAUUUGUUUUGGAAAAGUGUCCAUAUGUUCUCAGAGAGUAUCCUAAAUCGAUGGCCUUUCAAUAAGCUAAUAAGGGAAAGAGCUCUUCGAACCACCAUGGAAGUCCUUCAUUAUCAUGAUGAAGCCACCAGGUACAUUACAGGAGGAUCUGUGCCAAAGGCCUUUCAUAUGCUUGCAUGUUGGGUAGAAGACCCUGAGGGUGAUUAUUUUAAGAAACAUCUUGCUCGAGUCCCCGAUUUCAUAUGGAUUGGGGAGGAUGGCCUGAAAAUUCAGUCUUUUGGUAGCCAGUUGUGGGAUACAGCCUUGUCGCUACAUGUCCUGUUAGAUGGUAUUGAUGAUAAUGAUGAUAAUGAUGGUGUUGAUGAUGAGAUUAGAUCAACGCUCCUUAAAGGAUAUGAUUACUUGAAGAAAUCUCAAGUUACUGAGAACCCUCCAGGUGACUACACGAAAAUGUUUCGACACAUUGCAAAAGGAGGAUGGACAUUUUCGGACCAAGAUCAAGGAUGGUCGGUUUCAGAUUGUACUGCUGAGAGCUUGGAGUGCUGUCUGUUCUUCGAGAGCAUGCCUUUACAGUAUAUUGGGCAGAAGAUGGAUGUGGAGAAACUCUACGAUGCAGUUGACUUACUUAUCUAUUUGCAGAGCGACAACGGGGGUAUAACAGCAUGGCAACCAGCGGACGGGAAAAGUUGGUUAGAGUGGCUUAGUCCAGUGGAGUUUAUUGAAGAUGCGGUUGUGGAGCAUGAGUAUGUAGAAUGUACGGGGUCAGCCAUUGUAGCAUUGGCUCAGUUCGCCAAACAGUUUCCCGAGUACAAGAAGGAAGAGGUGGAAAAGUUUUUAAGCAAAGGCGUUAAGUACAUUGAAGACAUGCAAAUGGUGGAUGGUUCAUGGUACGGAAACUGGGGAGUGUGCUUCAUCUAUGGGACCUUCUUUGCGGUAAGAGGUCUUGUGGCUGCAGGAAAGACUUACCAUAACUGUGAGGCGAUUAGUAAAGCGGUUGAGUUCCUUCUCGACACGCAAAACUCGGAGGGUGGCUGGGGAGAGAGCUAUCUAUCUUGCCCAAGGAAGAUAUAUACUCCUUUAGAGGGAAACAAGACAAAUGUGGUGAAUACAGGACAAGCACUUAUGGUUCUAAUUAUGGGUGAUCAAAUGAGGAGAGAUCCUAUGCCGGUUCAUCGCGCUGCUAAAGUGCUGAUCAAUUCACAGUUGGAUAAUGGGGAUUUCCCACAACAGGAAAUAAUGGGAGUGUUCAAGAUGAAUGUGAUGCUCCAUUAUCCAACAUAUAGGAACAUUUACUCACUUUGGGCCCUCACAUACUAUACGCGUGCUCUGCAGUUCAUCCCUUGAUCACCUCACAUCCCUUGCUCUCGUAGAUCACUUCAUAUUCUAAUCUAUCUAUCUAUCUAUUUAUUUAUCUAUCAAGUUUUUGUGUGUUCUGAAUUUGUAUGUACAAGCAAAAUAUGUUCUUUACUUCUAAAAAUGUACUAUGGUCAUAAAACGAGUACAAGUUGAAUUUAAUUAUCAAUACCUACCUUGAAUUUAUAAUAAAAAGUUACAAUUGAUAAUACUGC